AUGGACUGGAAGGCGCUUCUGAUUUGCUGUGAAUCGAGGUGUUCCACAGCGGGUCCCGUGCUGGAACUUGCUCGACUGGUAGCAACCUGGGACGUUGUUCCACAGGAGCGCUCCGUGCAGGGUGCAGCUACGCUUUCUUUCAUCGCUAGGGGCAUUGGAACCGGGUUUUUGGACCAUGAGGCUUUACGAAUCGAUCGGGAGAACGCUUUGCGAACCCUAAACGAUAUCCUUGUUGACGACCACCACGUUCGAGUCAUGGCUGCAGUGGCUGAGCGCGUUUCCGAGAAGUUUGCGACAAGUUGGACGCCACACGCUUUCUCUACGGUGCCGUUGCCGCCAAGCGAGGCACAUACGCCGCGGACCGAAGCUUGCCAAAGCGUCGGCAACGGCUACGAACAAUUGCUGCGUUCCGUGCUGGAACGAUUGAAGGCUCAAAACCCGGCGCUCUUCAGUGCCCCAAGGGUACCUUCUGCAGGCUCGCAGCAGGUGCUACGCGCUCCGCCAGCGGGUACGCAUAUGGGCAGCUCUCGAAAGCGUCAGCGUUUAGAACACACCAAAGCAAACAGAAAUCUAGAUUUGCCGAAAGCACAGUCGGUUUGGUCAUCGACAUGCGAGACGGCGACAGCUACAACCGGGAGCGGAUUGAAUGCUCUCGAGUCGGCGCCAGCACCAUCAUCCACGUACAACAAACCGGAGCUCCCAGCUGGACCGCCACUGUUCGAUCCAGACCAACAACGCGUUUUGCAUGAAACCAGCACGCUACUGACCUCUGCCUUAGAGGCGUUGGAUCACUAUGGCGAGUUACCACCGAGGGCGGCGAAUGCAGCCGUCCACCGCGUCUGUGCUGCACUUGGGAUCGCUAGCGCCCUUCCAGCUAAUGCAGUUGAUGAAGCGCCGGCUCUCCGGUCGCUUUUGCAACGAGGCCUCGAUUGGUGUGCGCACUUGUUGGCCGACAAUUCGCCAAGCAGCUGGAGCGCACGCGCAGCUGUUAGCGAAUGGGUCUUUUUGGUCGUGGUUAAUUCGUCGAGCUCGCUGCGGGAGGCGCUUCAUGAAGAGCACCUUGUUCUGGCGAUGCAGACACUCCGCGAAGGCCUACAUGCCGUAGCAAAAACUUUCGGUCAGCUGGUCGAUUCCGAAAGUGAUGAACACCAAGGAACACAGCGAGACGGGAUCGACCAAACGCACCGACAGGCGGGAUUGCGUCAGUGGAACAAGUGCGUGCAGCUUGUUGUUCGACUGACAAAUUUUGUGCAGUCUUGCCCCGAGAUCGCGGAAAGUCAACGUUUCCAGUCGAUAUCUCUCUCGCUGUUUGCACUUCAUGUCGCCGACACUCUUCUGGACGAGGUGCUCCGGAGCUCAGAAUCCCUCAGCCCGGCAGAUACGCGCGAGCUCAUCCAACGAUCCGGGAGCCUGUGGUCCUCGACGACUCGCCUAUUGUGCCAGACAUAUGCGGCGUAUGCUCAAUGCCGUCAUCUGGUCCUCGAGGAAGUGCAAACGCUGUUGCGGCGAAGCCGCUGCGGAUACCUCAGUGAAGAGAAAACUCGCAACAGCGUUGUUUCGCCAGUAACAGUCGAGACAAGUGCGGAGCGUUGGCCCCCGCUGGAACUCGUCCUGGAAUUUAUCGAUGUUGUAGGCCGCAUCGAGUUCGCCCCGUUGCUGGUCGGAGACUCGACAUGUUCGGAUGCGUCCGUCGAUCGAGUGAGCGCUCGCUGUAGCCCGACCGCGCUCAAGAAGCGCGCCGCCGCCACCACCACCACCAACACCACCAAACCCAGCCCGAGAGACCUCCUCGACACCUCGGCACGGUUUUUCGACACCGUAAGGACGCUCAUCGACGCGCUUCUAUCAGGCGGCAAAGCUACAGUUUUUGUUGGAGUCAACGACUGCUUUCCGACCAUUCUCAGCUAUCUGCGCAAUAGCAUGAGAAAGCUGGAAGCAACAACACCCGCACCGCUGAUCUUUCUGCAGUUCCUUAUACGUCAUACGCAAAUGAUAGCGAGCACCCAGCAAGCGCUGCAAGCUGAAGACCAUCUGCUUCUCGCAGAGCGUUGCCUUCUCCUUGCAAAUUUUCUCGACGACUUUUGUGAUACGGAAUUGCCGCAUGACUCAGAUGCAGCUCCCCGAGAAAGUUUCUCGCAUCUAGUGCAAGCGCUCGCGACUCAGCAUCCAUUGUGGCUGGCGCUGUGGGGAUGCCUGCUGCCAAUGCAAACGGACCAUGAAACACUAGUUCAUACUACAACUGUCCUAGAAUCGCCAUCAUACCACAAUGGAAUGUUCCGGAUUCAGUACUCUGAGUCAAUGCUCUCGAGUGCUUCCCUUCUCUGCCUCGUCAAGCCUGCAUUGAAGCGGAUUCACGAUUUGCUCGAAAGCGUCGCGUGUUUGCGCCUAUCUCAAGUGAUGCGCUCAGGCCGCGCAACGCUUCGCGCUCGCGCUAUGCGACUCUUUAGCGAGGUGAGAGGUAUAUUGCAGCCGGCUGCAAACGAGUGUGCUCCAAGUCACGUACAGACGCUGGACUCGGUGCGAGGUAGACAGGAAAAUACUCCUGAACUUCAGAGUACAACGAUGGUUACAGCGUCAAAUCCGUUGUGCAUUUUAACUGCACAUGCAUUUCGAACCACCACCAGUGCGUGCACACCCUUUACAGCAUCCAAUGAAACUGCGUUGGAAACCGCCUCUAGUUCCGUUGACGACAUGAUCAAGUUUGCGUCUACCUGUUGUCUGGAUGUUUCACCCAAAGUCCGUGAAGCCGCUCUCACAUGCUAUGUAUCGUGGAUGCGUCGUGCGCGCAGACCCAGCGCUGUAUCCGAAACGCUUCUCGGACGCUUGCGCGAUAUCUCGGUCGCUGUUCGCCAGAAAGCUCUGGUUUUGCUGGAUGCAAUUUUUCAGGAUCAUGAGCAGCUCGACAACCACGCGUGGUCGCCGAUGGCAGCGCAUAUACUCGCACGGCUGGAUGAUCCGUCACCGAGCGUCCAGCGUCUCGCUCAGCGCGUUCUGCUCAAACAUAUUUUUCAACGCCAGCUUGUGUAUCGCGAGCGCGCACCGACUUGCCCCGACACAUCCGAUGACUGCUUCGACCUGAACCUCUCAGAUUCUGACGCAGCAUCUGACCGAGAGCGGACGGUUGUUGGACAGGCCCUGCGUCGGCGCCGUCUCCGCGUGCGUUACCUGGAUGAGCAACACUCCUGGCUGGUGAGCUCUGUGUCGCAUGCGUCUGCGACGUCGGCUUCUAUGGACUUGUCCUUCCAGCGGCUGAAACAAAUGCUGAACGCUCUGCCGCAAGCGCUGUCGGUAUCCAGUUCGUUACCGAUACCGGUACUCAUGGAGCGUCUCCUGCUAGUUGGUGACAAAAUCGUGUGCCUCUUUCGCGCGGAGGCGACGGCCUUGGUAGGCCUCGCGAUGCGCGACCAGGCUUACGGCUUGCUCGCCAUCUUGGCGCAGCUUGAUGCCAACCUGCUGCGUCCUCAUCUGCCGCUGCUCAUCGACGAGAUUCGCCUUCUCGCUGCCGAAUGUCCAAUCGCUCUGCCCUCAGCUACAGAACAAGUUUUCCUAUGGAUCCUGCGUGCGCUGAUGAACUGUACUCGCGUGCUAGGCCAGGCGCGGGCGCAGGUGCAGCUCUGGUCGACUCUGGAGAGCGCUGUCGUGCGCCUUAUUCUUCAACUGCAGUCAGCGAACGAUGGACUCGCUGAUGAGGCCAACCGUCUUCUACGCUUGUUGCACGAUCACAACGAACAUCUUGCCACAGGAGCACAACGCAGUGCCGCGUACUGGCAGCGUGUCCGGUGGUUGUGGACGUUCGUCGAGCUCCAUCAGAACGUUGCGGAUGGAGAGUCUGGUGUCGAAACCUCAAGCGCACCUUCAGCGGCAGUGGUAGGUCUUGCUUUGCAGCGACUUGGCAGACUCAUUCGUUACGCGCCGAAGGCACCUCCUGAUGUGGCCAUUCCCUUGAACAAUCUGCACGAUCGGUUGCUGACAUGCUGCGCAACGCUCCCGGCUGCACUGAUGUGCCCAGCGGCCGAGAUGACGACGCCUAGGCUAACGGUACUCAGCGGUGCAUUUGAAUGUCUGCUGCAGCUUUCGCGCUGCGAUGGGCAUUUCGCCCUGAAACAAUUACCUCUAUGGCAAAAGCUGUUGCAGUCUGGCUGUAUCACAAGCGAGACCACAUCAGGUUCACAAUGCUUGUCACUGCUCCUCGGCAUACAGGAACGGCUUCUGAGACAUCUCGUCGAGUUUGUCGAAAGCGAACGCGCCGUUGGCGCUGCGUCCACAGCAACAGCGACGCUCCCGAGCAGCUCCAGCAACGUCAUGCGACCCAUCGUAGGCGGCCGGAUACGCGUUCAAGCUGAACCCGACCGCGACAACUCGCAAAAUGCGACCACAUCAUCGUGGGAGAACUGUUCCAUCGCCGCCAUAGACGAAUCAGAAAAGGAAUGCAACGUCAUGUUUGGGACGAUUCAGUCCAUCUUGCCGAGUCUCGCGGAGGUGCUGCAAACGUCGUUGCUUGGCAAAUCGAAUUCGGCACUGGUUUCUGCUGCUCGCCUGUGCCAAGUUGCACUCAUCGAAGGCAUUCUAACUCCAGAGCGUCUACUCAGUCCGUUGUGCUACAUCUUUUGGACAUUGUGGGUUCGGAAUGAAGCCAUAGCGACCACUCCUAAGCGCUGUUUGAUGGGCGCAGAUCAUCCCAGCGCCGUUGCGAAGGGGGCUUUGCUGCAUCUCCUCAGGGAUGCGCCACAGCAGGUAGCAGCGGGCCUCGGCGAUGGCCUACUAACGGCCUGGCGAUCGUGCUAUGACGAGCACUGGACUAGGGAGAGCGUUGGUGCGAGCGCAGCAGUUGGCACCGUGCACGCAGCCUCCGGAAGUCACGUUCACGUAGCGACUGCGAAGACGCAGGUGUCCCUGACGGACGCGUUUCUCCGCUUGAACCUGGGAUACGAGGGCAACGAGCAUGUUUGCGGCUUCCUGUUCUCAGCGCUGAAGGGUACCUGCUUUCGUCGGCGAGUCCUUCAGAGCAUCGUGCAGGCGAUCACUGCACCAGCGACCGACGAAAGAUAUCCGCUAAGCGUGCGCUGUGCGGCUGCCUUGUUUCUCGCAACUAUCUCCGCUAUUGACCAUACACUGCAGUCACAAAGAAACCUGCACCACGAACUGCACCUGCUUCUAGAAGCCCUGGAACACAGUCUUGAUGAGCUCGAAGUCGCUGUAGAGGCUGUUCUCGGUUCCGCAACACCAAGUGACACGUCUCCGGGUGACGCGAGCCCGCAGCCAACGGAAACCGCUAUUUGCUGUGGGUUUGUCCUGCAGCUUCGCCUAUACCUUCUGCUGCGAGCCCGGUAUCACGCACUACGGUCCGUUGCCGCUCGCGAAGCGCUGGCGGGCCUGGCUGCACCGAUCGUGCCGAUCGCAUGGCCCGAGCUCCGCGCGAUAACGAACGCUGCGCUGGCGCAGUGGAGAGACACCACGACGGAUGAUGUGGCGCUGGACGAAGCGCCCUGCACUCAUCCCGAGUCUGAUCAGGGGUCAGCGGCCGACGCCUCUACCGACAGUGUACCAGACGAUGAAACAUGGGAUACCGAGGAGUCCUGCGGAGACGUGUCGUAG